AGUAACACACAGCGUUCUUCUUCUUCGUUUAUCUUGAAGAAGAGGAUUGAUGAAAAUUUGUUGAGAAAUUGUUAAUUUUUUUUGGAUCAUUUUUCGAUUUGAAGGAGGAAAUGAUGACAACCCAGAAUAGGCGGUCGUCUGCGGUGGCGAAGAGACAAGCAAUGGCAGCGAAUUCAUCGGGGUUAGAGCAUAAUCAGACCGGAAAAUUGAAUGCCAAGAAACGACCGGCUUUGUCUAAUAUCUCGAAUAAUACAACUGUCUCUGCUCGGAACUCGGUUUCUCAUUCCUCCAAACUCGCACCAUGUACAUCCAAGAUUGUAAACAUUAAGAAGAACACUUCCGCUUGCAACAGUAAUGCAGUUUCCUCAGGGACUGCUGUUCUGCCAGCAUCCUCCUCUGUGAGACCAAGCAGCAAACCUGUUUCUAUUCAAAGAAGUGAUGCAGUUGUGCCUAAGAUCACUGUCAUUCCUGUUCCUGCCACUUGCAGCAUGGACAUUUCUCCAUCUCACUCAGAUGGAUCAUUAGUCUCCAUGGAUGAAUCUAUGUCGAAUUCCGACACAGUGAGAAGUCCGGAGGUCGAAUACAUAGAUGACCAUGAAUUAGCUGCAGUUGAUUCCAUCGAGAAGAAAGCGUGUAGCACCCUCUACAUCUCAGAACAUGUCAAAGCCGCAGCAGCUGAUAUAUGCAAGAGAGAUGUACUUGUGGACUUGGAAUCAGGGGACAAAAUUAUCAACAUUGAUAACAAUCUUGUUGACCCACAGUUAUGUGCUACAAUGGCCUGUGACAUAUACAAACAUUUGAGAGCCUCUGAGGCAAAGAAAAGGCCUUCCACAGAUUUCAUGGCGAAAGUACAGAAAGACAUCAAUCCUAGCAUGCGCGCUAUCUUAAUCGACUGGCUUGUUGAGGUUGCCGAGGAGUACAGGCUUGUCCCAGACACGCUGCAUUUGACAAUUAAUUACAUUGAUCGAUAUCUUUCGGGCAACCUGAUGGACAGACAACGACUACAGUUGCUUGGAGUAGCUUGCAUGAUGAUCGCAUCAAAAUAUGAGGAGAUCUGUGCACCUCAAGUUGAAGAGUUCUGCUACAUAACAGACAACACUUACUUCAAGGAGGAGGUGUUGCAAAUGGAGUCUGCUGUUUUAAAUUACUUGAAGUUUGAAAUGACAGCUCCAACAGCCAAAUGUUUUCUGAGGAGGUUUGUUCGAGCUGCUCAAGGACUUAAUGAGGUUCUGUCACUGCAGUUGGAACACUUGGCUAGCUACAUUGCAGAACUCUCUCUUUUAGAAUACAACAUGCUUUGUUAUGCUCCAUCACUCAUUGCUGCUUCUGCAAUUUUUUUGGCCAAAUAUAUUCUUCUUCCUUCAGUGAAACCUUGGAAUUCUACCUUGAGGCAUUAUACUUUGUAUCAACCCUCUGAUUUACGAGACUGUGUCUUGGCACUACACGGCCUUUGCUGCAACAACAACAAUUCUAGCUUACCAGCAGUCCGGGAAAAAUACAGCCAACACAAGUACAAAUUUGUUGCAAAGAAGUAUUGCCCUCCAACUGUACCUGUAGAAUUCUUCCAGAACAUAAGCAGCUAAAGCCAGGGAGAUAAUGUGAGAAGAGGCAUCUACUUCAGUAGUUCCAAUUGUCUGUUGGAUUAACUCGUGGCAUUCAGUCUUAUAUAGCCUUUAACUUGCAAUGUCCAUGGAAGAGAGCUUCAUUCUUGGUUUUUCUCUCCUUGAGGGGCCUUAGCAGAGCAUCUUUGUUUGUAGUCAUUAACAUUGACAUUGCAGGAUUAGUCUCUUGUACUCUACUGUUUUUCUCUGGCUUAGUUUGUCUAGUCAAUUUGUGUACAGAAGAAGCGCUAUUGGCUGUUUCAUUAGCUCAGAAACUAUUCAGUAAUGAUUCCUUUGUGGAACUAUUGGCAGUUUGUACAAUUAGUAUUGAGAAGAACAUCCCAACUGAUCAAA